AUGUGGCUGCCCCUGGAGGCAGAGGCAGAUGGGGGUCUGUGGGAAAAUCCUGAUCCUGUGCUAGAGGUGGACGGCGGAGGCCCCAUGGGCGCCGGCGGCACCGAAGGUGUGGAGAGGCCACCUUUUGAACGCGCGAGAGAGGCGGCGAUGGCCUGGGCCCGCUGGAUGGAUUCGGCUAUGGAGGGAUCGGGGGCCGGCGAAGAUCCGCCGACCCCUGCACCAGAACCUGACAUUCCUAAGCUUCAGACCCUAAAUCGUGAACCCCAGUCCCCACCUCCUGCCCUCAACCCAAACUUAGCCUUUGUCAACCGUGGACCCCUAGCACCAAGGUCUUGGUCGCUGCCCUGGGACGAAAUAUCGGGAAACAGCUAA